CGCCGCCUGUCGCGCCGCCCGCCCCGCCGCCGCCGCCACCACCGCCGCCGCCGCCGCCGCCGCUGCCAUGGGAGUGCAGGUGGAGACCAUCUCCCCCGGAGACGGGCGCACCUUCCCGAAGCGCGGGCAGACCUGCGUGGUGCACUACACCGGGAUGCUUGAAGAUGGAAAGAAAUUCGAUUCCUCCCGGGACAGAAACAAGCCCUUUAAGUUUAUGCUAGGCAAGCAGGAAGUGAUUCGAGGCUGGGAAGAAGGGGUCGCCCAGAUGAGUGUGGGCCAGAGAGCCAAACUGACCAUCUCUCCAGACUACGCCUAUGGUGCCACUGGACACCCAGGCAUCAUCCCACCCAACGCCACUCUCGUCUUUGACGUGGAACUUCUAAAGCUGGAAUGACAGGAAUGGCUCCCCCCCCUGCGUUCCCCCUGCAGAUGUGCCAUGGAGGGACCUGGCACCCCCGGCGCCAGCAGGCGGAUCCACACGGAGCUUCCCCGACGUUCCACUCCACUCUGUACAAACCUCUCCCGACUGGAUGUGUGCUGACACCUGGCUUUGCUCCCCCCCUCCCCCCUCGUGUGUGUGUGUGUGUUGACCGACUCUAUGCCAUAAACCUCAAGUUACUCAGUUUAUUUUGUUUCAUUUUGGGGUGAUGAUUCAGUUUCAGACGUUUGGAAUAGGUUUCCAAUUAAGUAUUUGUCGAGUAUUAACAGCACAAGUCAUGGGUUAACUUUAGAAUAGGAAUUGGUGGAGGGAGGGGGAGGGAGUUGCAAGAAUUGUUAUUUUAUUUUCUUCUUUUCUUGGAUGAAAUUUUUAUUAUAUAUUAAACAUUCUUGCUGCUGCGCUGUGAAGCCAUAGCAGAUUUGAGGCGCUCUUGAGGGCCCAAAUACUCUCCACGUCGAGAGGAGUCCUUGGGUUGAAUGAACAGCCCUACCUAAAACUGAAGCGGGAGGGGGGACUCUGCCCUCCCCGCCCGCCCCGCCCUCCCCUUGAAUCCUUUGCCUUCGAAAGCAGAUUGUUCUCACCGCCACGGACACUGCAGGUACCCGUCCCGGGCCAGGCGGCACCCCCGAAGCCUUCUGUGGCCUGGCCUGUCCCCUCCCCCCCCCAAUCCUGUGGUUUUUCUAAUGGAUAUUCAGGACUUUUGUAAUCUAGCUAUCCAAACUUCACUUCCUAAAUUUUAAGAACUUCAACCGAACGUUUUAAGUUGAAGGUGCUGUUUGUAGACACUCACCACCAGUGAAAGCCCCGUCCUCAGCCCCGCCUUGGGUGUUCUCUUAGGAUUCAGGCUGCUGUCGCAGCGUCGGCAUCUCCGUCCCUGAUGCUCAGCGCCCCCGCCCCCGCCCCUCUCACCCCUUUGCUGUCCUGUGUAGUGAUUUGGUGAGAGGCUAUCGCUGCCUCCCCCCCUCCCCUCUGCACUAUGUAUGAGUUUCCGGUUUUAUUAUUGCAAUAAAAGUGCUUUAUGCUGGCUUUUCUCA